GCAGACUGAACCACUCGUGCUGACGCCACUUCUAUCUCAGGCCCAGGAAUUGAGACUUUCCAUUCUAUAAUCCCAAGUGCUGUGGACUCCGAAAUGAGUCGUGACAUAUACCAUCCUGCUUCGUCUGAGCCUGCUUUGUCGUUGUCGACGUCGACGUCUGGUCCGGAAGCGACUUCCCUGGCGGCACCUACCGAGAGGCCUACACCAAUCCAUGGAGUCCCUCUUGAUGUCUUGGAAGAGAUAUUCACCAAUCUGAUUAAUAGUUUGGUACUUGCUGUGGACGAUUAUCGCGGCGACCGUUUUCAUUCCAGCAUGCUCACUAUAUCUCAUGUGUGCGUCUAUUGGAGAGACGUAUCAUAUUCGCUCGCUUCCUUGUGGUCCUUCAUCUUCGUUCCAGUUCGAUACUUGAUAUCAAGGGAUGAGCAUUGCCGAGAACACCGAGAUGUCGACAUAUCAAUGCCGCCGGCGCUAAUCAAUGUUUAUCUUCGGCGUUCAAAGAACUACCCACUGUCUCUUUUCCUGUUCCGAAAGCACGAUGACAUGCGGAGGAAAGGAUCAAGGUCAACACAAAAUUAUACAUCUGCUACUAUAACUUCACUCCGUACACAAGCUCACCGCUGGCGCGAGCUCUACAUAUCUUCCAUUCCCUUAGAAUUCCAGGAUUUUGCGAAGCUUUUCACAGGGUUGGGAAACCUCGCAUCGCUCGAACGGCUGACCUGUGUAAAGCCCUUUGACAUAUGGAAGUUCCGUGCGUUCACCACCGCCCCGAACCUUCACUGGUUAGAUCUAGGGGAAUACGUCCGCCCGGGUAGCACAUCGUCGUCCUUCCCUUACGCCCAAAUCAGCCAUCUUAUUCUUCGGACCCUUGACUUUCAAUCGACGUCCUUAUUCCCCAACAUAACCGAUGUCACCAUGUAUGGUACUCCCCCACGUCACUUCCUCUUACCAAGCCCCAAUUUAGCAUCUAACAUCGUCUCGCUCACCAUCUGCCUCACCUACUUCACCCAAGAGCAUCUCCCCCUCUACCGACGUGACAUCUCCCUUCCCCGACUCCGAGACUUAACCAUCAUCUACGUCGGUCCCGUCAGGAAUCCUUUCAAAGCGGAAUACCUCACUCAAGACUUGAUUGCGGUAUUUUCCCACCAGAUCCAGCAUCUCACUCUCUGGCGGGUACCCAUUUGUGUGGAAGAUCUCAUAACUAUCUUGGAACCCCUUACCGAGCUCCGGCAUCUUGGUGUACAUGACCCCCUCCCACCUGUAUACAGACCGUACAGCCCUAUCUCACACGAACUGAUCCGGCGUCUUGCUACGGAUCCGUUGUUCCUCCCCCAUGUGAACUCACUGGACCUCAAGUGGCAGUGGCAUGACGUUGACGAAGGAAUGGUCAUGGAUAUGCUGCUUUACAGAACAGGCAGCGCAAGGCUCGCGAAACCGUACGUCCCGCCGUCGUAUUUGAAUAGUCUCAUCGAGCAGAUGAGGCGCUGGGUCGUCUAAUGGAGCUCUGGGCCCGAGAGUCGACCAGACUUAU